AUGGCAGACAUGGAAACAAUUGGAAUUUCAUCAGAUCCUUAUACAAGCUCAGUUAGAGGUGCAGAGCUCUAUCACAGCCCAGAAGUUGAACAAAACAAAUAUACUUCCAAAAGUGAUAUCUGUUCACUGGGGUGGGUGCUCUAUGAUCUCUGCAUGCUGGAUGUGUGGUCAGAUAUUAAAAAACGUCGCUUUCAAAAAGCCUCCCACGAUAUGGAAUACCCCCUGCACUUCUCAGAUAUGUAUUCACAGGAUCUACAGAAUUUAAUCAAAGAAAUGCUCAGCUGUUGCCCUAUGACCAGACCUUCAGCUGAUGAGAUUUUAGCAAAACCAUUCCUAAGAGUUGCUGUAAACAGAAACAGGAGAUUUCCAGAAGCACUGGAACAAAGGUUCAGGAUGUCCUUAAGGAUCUUUGAUGAGAACUACAAUGAGCACUACGAUCAUUUUGAGGCCUUAGUUACAGAGUGGGGAGAAACAACAGCUUCACUAGAGGAGGUUCAUCAUAACUGCACAGCAGGCACUCUGGCAGGUUCAGUGAUUGGAGCAGCAGGAGGAAUCACUGCAGUGGUUGGUGCGAUUUUAGCUCCUUUCACUUUUGGAGCAUCUCUGAUUGUUACAGGUGUUGGGAUUGGAGUUGGUGUUGCAGGUGGUGUAACAGGUGCUGCGUCCAGUGUUACCAAUGCAGUCAAACAAAAAUCACUCCGUGAGAAUAUUCAAAGAAUUCAGCAGAACUUUACAGAUGUCACACCACUUUUUGAGUCACUGAAUGCACUUAUAAAGGAGCUGAAGGACAUCACUGCUGACCUGGAAUCCGUGCACAAGGUCACUAGGUGGGCAGUUUCUGCAACAGUAGCAGGUACAGCAUGUACCAUCACUAACAUGAUCAAGCAGAAAAACCUACGUCAGACUAUUAAGAAGAUCACAGAUGAUUUUCAGAAUAUAAUCAACGCAAUAAUUACACAUCUGAAGAUGUAUUCAACAGAGAUCUCUGAAAUGAAUCAACCAGCAGACAAGAGAAAAGCAGAACAUAUCAAGUCAGAGACUUUGAAAUGUAGUCAUCAUAUAAAGAAGGAGACUCUGAACGAUAUUGAAAGUGCAAGAGAUACAAUUAAUGGAGAACAAUGUGAGCAGUGUGGCAGUGUGCACAUAAUGGGUGUUAAAUGA